GAUGACCCAUAUCCCUAUUGCAGAAUUGGGUUUAGGGUUUCAAUUUCAAGCAAAUAGAAAGAGAUUAUUUUUCUCUUACACUCCAAACCUCUCUGCUUUGUGCUGCAUUACUUUGCCUUGCUCCCACAGAAGAGUUAACAUACAUAGCAAGCAUGGCAGUCACAUUCUACGACCUUAGUUCUACCUCUGGGUUGAAGAAGCUUGACGAGUACCUUCUCUCACGUAGUUACAUCACAGGGUACCAAGCUUCAAAGGAUGAUCUCACUGUCUAUGCAGCUUUGCCAACUGCUCCAUCAGCAGAGUAUGUGAAUGUGUCCAGGUGGUACAAGCACAUUGAUGCUUUGUUGAGAAUUUCUGGUGUUUCUGGUGAGGGAUCUGGUGUCACUGUUGAGGGAACUCUUGUUGCCGAGCCUGUUGCAACUCCCCCAACUGCUGAUACAAAGGCUGCUGCAGCUGAGGAUGACGAUGAUGAUGAUGAUGUCGAUUUGUUUGGUGAAGAGACAGAAGAAGAAAAGAAGGCAGCUGAGGAACGGGCAGCUGCAGUGAAGGCAUCUGGAAAAAAGAAAGAGUCUGGGAAAUCAUCUGUUCUGUUGGAUGUGAAACCAUGGGACGAUGAAACCGACAUGAAGAAGCUCGAGGAAGCAGUGAGAUCUGUCAGCAUGGAAGGGUUGCUUUGGGGUGCAUGUACGUCNUAGUCUUUAU